AUGUUACUAAAAGAAAUUGCUUCGGGUGAUAUUAUUUGUGGUCGAGCUGAUAAGCUUUUUGAUGAGUGUUUUUCUAACGAAAGAAGCAACUCUUCCAUAAAAGCAGUUUUGAAGCAGUACAAUAAUAUUCCUUACAAUAAAGAAGACAUUCAACAAUAUUGCCAGACUUUCAAUCAAGGGAUUCGUUGCUAUAAUGAAUAUGCGGAAAAAUGCAUAAGCGAUCCUAUUAACAGAAGAUUAAUUGAAGGUGAAAUAAUGCCAGCAAGAAGUUUUUAUGAAAUGCUGUGCAAGGAUAAUGUUUUCAAAAAGGAUUAUUUGAAGCACAGGAAUUGCUUUCGCUACAUAGAAAAGGAAUGGAAUUUUUGCACUCAAACCUUUCAUUCUUUGCUCGAUAAAGAAUUCACGAGAGUUCAUAGGGAGAGAAAGAAAAACUUAAUAAAAUUUUUCAGUGCUAGAUACGCCUACGAAAAUUGUGUUGGAAAUAGCGCAAAAGCUAAAUGUAAGCCUGAAUCAGCCAUAUUUACAAGAAGUUUGGUGGAACUACUGUCGAGUGAACGCCAAUUUAAAAAUUGUGCAAAAAUAGAAAAUGCACUUUGUAACAGUUCAGAUUUAAAAUAUUUCAUAACUGAAACACUUUUUAUUCAUGACAAUAGAAAUGUUUAA